AUGAGCCGAGAUCUUUUUCUCCGUAUUUUGCACACGUUGGAGGGACGUGAUGAGUACUUCCAGUAUCGGGAAGACGGGAUCGGCAGACCCGGACUUACGACGUUGCAGAAGUGCACGGUUGCGAUCCGCCAGAUGGCCUACGGCACAACAGCGGAUAUGUUCGAUGAGUACCUUAACGUCGGGGAUACAAUUGGCCGCGAAUGUCUCAAGAAAUUUUGUAAGUUAGUUGUGGAGGCUUUUGGCGACACAUAUUUGCGACGCCUGACUGCUGAUGAUUGCCAGAGCCUGAUGCGGAUGCAUGAGACGAUGCACGGCUUCCCUGGGAUGCUAGGGAGCAUCGACUGUAUGCACUGCUGCCCAAUUGGUGAGAGGAGAGUCUUGUUUGCGGCAAAGCAGGAGUCCGCGCGGAAGGAUGUGGAGCGGACUUUUGGGGUGCUCCAAUCGCGGUGGGCAAUCGUGAAAGGUCCGGCGCGUUUCUGGUACAAGGAAGUCAUCGCCGACGUCAUGUAUGCGUGCAUCAUCAUGCAUAACAUGAUAGUCGAACAAGAACGUGGACAUGUCACCAAUUGGGUGGAUGAUGAAGCCGGAUCUAGCUCCAGCACGGCGACCUCGCCUGUCACUCGAGGAUUACCGACUGGCUUCGGUGCGGUUCUACAGCGACAGGCCUCAAUGCGCAACCAACAAGACCAUACUCAGCUCAUGACCGACAUGAUUGAAGAAGUUUGGAACCGCAACCGCCGCCGUUGA